AUGCAGGUGACGGCGGCGGGCGUGGUGCAGGCAGGCCGCCAAGGCGUGCAGAAAUUUGAGAGGGAGGACCAGGCACGCACCGAAAAGGCCAACAGACACCGCCCGGACAAGACGAGAGUGCAAUCCCACCGCCAGCAAAGCAAACACCGCAACGCAAGGGAACAGGCGAUCAGCGCCGCACACGGGGAGUCGAGUGCUGCGGGCGAGGGCGUCGAUGGCAGCGAGCGAGAGAGGUGGGGUAGGAGAGGAAAAGGCGAGCAGAUGAUGGAUGAUGAAGCGCGCCCGCACCCCGGCGCUUUCAAGGCUCGCAGCGCUGCCGGCCAAUCCGUACGGGUCAGGUGGCGGAGGCAGUCGGUAACGAGCCCCCAGCCCAGGCCAGCAAACCAGGACCGCCGCCGGCGCUGGGGAGGCGACGGCGCAUCGGUGAGCGGGCUGAAUCAAGCUUUCCGGAUCUUCGAUGGCCUCCAUUUAUCCCAACGCCCUGAAUGGUUCGUCACACCUCGCCUCUGCUGCUCAACAGGGCUGCCACGCUGCGCUCGAGAUCCGGCGACAGACUGCCUCUGCCGCCUCAGAUUGGCCGCCUGCCUGGCAACUGCGUUAUUAAUAGGCCUCGAUGACCCGCAUGCUGCCGUGGUCACCGCGCCGCAGAGCGAUAUCGAGCAGCCGUGGGGCCUCCGCACCACCACCACAUGUUUCAUCGCCGGUUUCGUUUCGUGGCUGCAGCAGCGAGCAAUCUCUCUUCACAUCCAGUGCGCGCAGCAGGUUGAGCCGACGCCAAAGACUCCAAGCGUCGCCGACCGCUCCUAG